UACCAGAAUCGCUUUGCGAUGUGCUGACCUCACUCUUUAGUGGAGUGAGCUGUCACCUGCAUAGUGACCCCGUUGGCGAGAGCGUUGAAACCGAGGAGCUGGAAACGCUCCACUCUCAGGUCUGAAACCCAGAGUGACUGGGAACCAUAAGCAACGGGAAGCUGCCCUCCCGCUGGCAUCCACCUGGGGAGCCCAGGAGAGCAGCGCGCAGAGCCAGGGCGCUCCGGGGAGGACACGCUGCCGCCGGUGGCUCAAGGGGACGUCGCACUCAGCCAACUGCCGCGGAGAUGUGACCCAGUCCCGGCGCCCAUGCGCGGCCCCGAGACCCGGGCGCCCGGUCCCCAGAGCCUGCCUUUGCUGCUGCUGCUGCUGCUCUUGGCCGCACCGUCUGGACGUGCAGUUCCCUGUGUCUCUGUUGGCUUACCUAAACCUACAAAUAUUACCUUCUUAUCCAUAAACAUGAAGAACGUCCUACAGUGGAAUCCACCAGAAGGUCUGCAAGGCAUUGAAGUUAAGUACACUGUGCAGUACUUCAUAUACGGGCAAAAGAAAUGGCUGAAUAAAUCCGAAUGUAGAAAUAUCAAUAGGACCUACUGUGAUCUUUCUGCUGAGACUUCUGACUAUGAACACCAGUAUUAUGGCAAAGUUAAGGCCAUUUGGGAAACAAAUUGUUCCAAAUGGACUGAAACUGGACGAUUCUAUCCUUUUUUAGAAACACAAAUCGGCCCACCAGAGGUUGCCCUAACCACAGAUGAAAAGUCUAUUUCUAUUGUCCUGACGGCUCCAGAGAAAUGGAAGAGAAAUCCAGAAGACAGAACAGUUUCCAUGCAACAAAUAUACUCUAAUCUGAAGUACAAUGUGUCCGUGUAUAACACCAAAUUGAAAAGAAUGUGGUCCCAGUAUGUCACCAACCACACACUGGUGCUCAGCUGGUUGGAGCCGAACACUCUGUACUGCGUUCACGUGGAGUCCUUUGUCCCAGGGCCCCCUCGCCUCACGCGGCCUUCUCAGAAGCAAUGUGUUCGUACUUUGGAAGAUCCAUCAUCAGCACUGAAGGUUAAAAUCAUCUUCUGGUACGUUUUGCCCAUAUCUAUAAUCGUGUUUCUCUUUUCUGUGAUUGGCUAUUCCAUCUACCGAUACAUCCACGUUGGCAAAGAGAAGCACCCAGCGAAUUUGAUUUUGAUUUAUGGAAAUGAAUUUGACAAAAGAUUCUUUGUGCCUGCUGAAAAAAUCAUGACUAACUUUAUCACCCUCAGUCUUUUGGAUGAUUCUAAAAUUUCUCAGAAGGAUACGAGUUCACUGGAGAGAAGUAGCAGCGGACCCAACCUUAAUGGUGCUGAGUCCCUCUGGCACCCAGAGCUCCGUCCCGAGGAAGCGGAGGCCAAACAUCUAGGGUAUGCUCCACCUUUGAUGGGAAUUUUCUGUGACUCUGAGGAGAACACCCAAGGAGCUUCCCCAACCCAGCAAGAGUCGCCCAGCAGAAUGAUCCCUGCAGGUACAGCAGUCGUUGAAUACGAGUAUGACAUAAGAACUGACGUCUGCGGGGGGUCAGAAGAUGAGGAGUUCUAUGUGCAGAAAGAGGUGCUCACACAAGGAAAAUUAUUUGAGCAACAAACAGAUUUGGCAAACAUGGACCCACAAAUGUUACUGUAUUCAUACACCCCUCAGCUCAGCGACCUACACCACCUCCAGCUGGAGCCCACAGGCUCAGAAGAGGGACUAGAGGAAGAGUCAUCCACCACACUGGUCGAUUGGGAUCCUCAGACCGGCAGGCUGUGUAUACCUUCAUUAUCCACCUUUGACCAGGACUCCCAGGGCUGCGAGCAUCAUGAGCAUGACCAGCUCCCAGAGGAGGGCCUUUUGUCUAGACUCUAUGAGCAGCAGGUGCCAGGCAAGCCACCAGAAGAAAAUGAAAACUAUCUCAUGCAAUUUAGGGAGGAAUGGGGAUUGCAUGUACAAAUGGAAAACUAAGACUUCCCUACUGUGACUAAGUGCAAACAAAUGAGGGGCCCAACAAUAAAGAACCUGGGCUACAAGAGUGUAUUUGGAUUGAUCAGGAUCAGCAAGAAUCAGUUAUUUCUUUUUCUGUU